CUACCGAGGGAUCAGGUUGACUGCUCACACGAUGAAACUGUACGAGCGAUUGGUCGACUCAAGAUUGAGAUAAUUGGUCCCAAUCUCAAAGGAGCAGUUCGGCUUCAUGCCUGGAAGGUCUACAACGGAUGCCAUCUUCAUAGCUAGGAAAGUUAUGGAGAAGUGUCGAGAAAAGCGUAGACCCUGCUACCUAGCCUUCCUCAACCUGGAGAAGGAAUUCGACCGUCUUCCGCGAGAAGUCCUAUGGAGAGCGCUCCGAAAACGAAACGUGCCAGAACAUCUCAUCUCCUUGGUCAAGGAUAUGUGCGAUGGCUCCACUACAACAAAGCGCACUGCGCACGGCCAAACGGGAGCAAUAGAUGUCACUGUUGGGGUACACCAGGGAUCAGCUCUGAGCCCGUUCCUCUUCCUGCUCACGAUGGACGUCAUCACAGAAGAACUCGUGUAUUGA